AUGGCGUGUAGAGUGGUCACCGAAGGAGGAGCAACGAAAGUCAAGACCUAUAUCCCGUUCGAUGAGAGCAAGAACGGUAGCAUAGAACUCAACAAGAACUAUCUCUUCAUGACUGGAGGGCCUUGUCCCGUGAAGAUGCACAGAGAGUCGAAGGUCUUCAUCAAUUUUCACUGCGGAACUCAUCUGGGCUCCCCUCAGUACCUUCUGGAGUGGUUCUGUCAGGUCGGGUUCCGGUGGCGGACUUCGGCGGCCUGCAAGGAAAAGCAUCCCAACGAUGACGGAGUCAAAGCACCGGUACAAGUUCCUUGCUAUGUAGUGGACGAAGCGACAGGCGUCAAGUACGAUCUCAGCCACCUGACGAGAACGACCGGAUAUCAUGAAGUCGAAGCGUCAAAAAUGGACUUGUUCAUCAACGUCUGCCAAGAGAUCAACGAUCCAAUGAUCCGUUGUGCCCCGGGCACAGCGGCCUGUCUGAAUCUUCAAAAAACGUGGAAAGCCGUCGGAGUGAUCAGAUCGAACACAAAAGUUGAACUUGUUGAAGGCACGAAGGAUCUCAUCAUUACAUAUCCUGGACCGAUAUCGGCGAAACCUUUCCACAACUGCGACGAUAGUCCGUCAACGGUCAUUCAUUUCCGGUGUCCCAGCAAGCGAGGCCGACCCGGUAAACCGCCUCGGCUACUGGCGAAUAUUUCAUGUCAAUACAUGAUCGAAUGGGAAACAGAUCACGCUUGUCCUGAACAUGCUGUGCUCGGUGAUGCUCAUGAGUGCAAACUCAACGUGGAUGGAAAUCCGAUUGAACUCGGCCGACUUCGCAAUCCAAAAGAUAACGGAUAUCAUCGUGUGCAAAACGUAACUAUCGACGGUGUUCCCCGCGAAGUGGUCAUCGAUAUCUGCAACAUGGGGAUCGGGAACGAAGGACCUUGUGGAGAGAUGGGAGCCCUCCACUCAGCGAACGUGUGCUUCAAAGACGACAAAGGUCAAGCCGUUGUGCUCGGUACAAAAGCAGAUGCCCGUUUAAGGUACACGGACGGUCGUGCUGUUCUCGUGUAUCCUGAUGGCGGCCUCUGCAAGGAGCAAAGCAACCGAAAAUGGAGCACCGUCAUCGAGUUCGUUUGCGACUCCGACUCGGCUUUCGGUGAACCCGUCCUCACCGAGGUCAACAAAGAUCUGUGUCUGGUACAAUUCGAAUGGCGAACCGUUUCGUCCUGUGUGCCUGACGUCGUCAUCCCCGACAGCGAGGACUACAGCGAUUUCCAGGAGACCUGCAUACACGUCGAGAGCAAUUUCACCGUCGACCUGAUAUCCCUGUCCCAAUCCACCGGUCCUUGGCACGUGAUGGACGAGGACAAGAGAUUCCCGUAUCCCCUCCUGCUGAACGUCUGCUCGCCCGUCCGAUCUCCCGGGCUCGCGGCGAACUGUUCGCAUGAUUCGUCCAUUUGCGGCAUCGGAGAGAACGCUCAGACGAUCUCGUACGGUAAAUUCUCGACGAUGAAGCUGUCGCAGACCCACGCUCGACCCGUGGCCAUGCUCGAGUUCUCCGCGGGCGACAAAUGCGCCACGGAUGCGAGCUUGAACUACAGAACGAAAGUUCACAUGGUUUGCAUUCCCGGAGCGGUCGGGAUCAGCCCUCGAUUCAUCGCCCUGGACGAGAAGGAAUGCGUCCUCCAUUUGGAGUGGCACACGCGAGCUGCUUGUCCUCAAGUUUCACUCGUGAGCUCGGGCUGCAUGGUCGAAAGUAAAACCCACGGUUUCAAGAUCGAUCUCACGCCCCUGAAGGAACUAGGAGUGCAGACGAUACAGCAUGAGGGUUACGAAUACGACAUCAGCGUCUGUGCCCCCCUCAGCGUCAACUACAAAUGUGUGAACGAAACCUCGAUCUGUCGUCGGAAGUUGGAUAACAAGCACGAGCUCACGCCCCUGGGGGAACCAUCGUCCGUGUUGACCUACAACGGAGGAUUAGCGGUUAUCCAGUACCACGGGGUGAAUGAGUCGUCCUCGAUCACCUUCACAUGCGAUUACAACGCACAAGCCGGUAAACCGGUCGUCUUCGCAGCGCAGCAAGGUCUGACGGCGAUAGAAUGGGCAACGUCAUUCGCGUGUCCCACCACGAACGCUCAUUACCAGAGCUGUUUGGUGUUCUCGAAAGACUCUAGUAAUCAUUUGUACGACUUGUCCCGACUGUCGAGGGUGAAAGGAGGCAAAGACUGGAUCGUCGAAAGCCAAGACCCCAAAGACCCCACGAUCAGACUUCGCUUCCACGUCAACCUCUGCCAGCCCCUGAAGCAGCCGCCGAAGGGCUGCGACCCGACGGCGUCGAUCUGCGUUGAAACUAUAUACCCGGACAGAAAACCGACGGUUGCUGACGCGGGGCACGCAGUUAAUCCCCCUAUUUUCGAGAGGGGUCAGCUAAUGCUCAACUACAGCAACGGAGAGCCGUGUUUGCGUCGCGGUGUGAAUUCAACGCGUCGGACUGUGAUACACUUCCAGUGCGGAGAUCAUUUCGGAGGUAACGGCGAGUACCUUCAGUUCAUCGGUCGCUUGGAUGAGUGCGGCUAUUCUCUCCUGUGGACGACCGAAGCCGCCUGUCCAAUACGCCACCAGACCGUGAAGGAUGAGUGCACAGUUGUCGAUAGACUCACUGGCGACGCCUUCAACGUGUCGCACAUGAUAGCUCCGACGUUCUACACCGCCGAAAACUAUCAAUUCAACCUGUGCGGGCCCAUUCGGAACAGCAGCGAGUGCCCCGGAAACAACGUCAGCGUGUGUUUGAUCGACAAAGACGGAAAGGGAACUGCCAUAGCUACCUCGUCCGGUUAUCAGUUGGACUUCAUCGGCGUCGACGGUCUUCGUUUGAGCUACAUGGGCGACGUCGCCGGCAACACAACCCGCGUCGAAAUCGAACUCGUUUGCACCUCGGCCGAAUCUUCAAAGGAAGGCUCCUCUGAAGUGCUCGGACCGGUCGGCGGCGACAGGGUGCACCGAAUAAUUUUCUACUCCAGCGGGUUGUGCGUGUCACAGCGCAGCGAUCAGACAUCCUGUGAAAUCAUCAAUCGCGAUACGGGCCAAGUGUACGAUUUGCGACCGCUCACGAAAAUGUCCCUCUUCAACUGGGAGGCUGAGGAAUACACGAGCAUCAAUCAAGGAUACACCCAGAGCAGGGAUGCGGAGAGCAGAUACUAUUUCAACAUCUGCAGGAAACUCAACCCAAUGGGCAAUCAUGGAGACAACCUCCCGAAAGACUCGUUCGCGAGCGUUACGCACCCGGGCACUCCUCCCACCAUGGGACUCAGUCUGGGUCGUCAUAUCGAGGAAAUCGGCUUCACGAAAGACGGAACGAUAUUGAUUAAGUACGUCGGGGGCGACCCGUGCCCGCAAACCGAUUCGAACAAGACGGGAAUUUCAAAAGCGAGACUCAAGUCGAGUCUGAUUACGCUCGCGUGCAGUCCCAGCGAUGAGGAAAUGCCCAAAAUACUCCGAAACUCCGACAACUGCGACUACAUAUUCUACAUGGAAACUCCGGCAGCCUGUCCUGUGAGGAAAGUUAUCGGGGGCGAAUGCCGGGUUUGGGACCCGAACUUCAAGCACGAGUACGACAUCUCUCCUCUUGGCGCCCAAGGUCGAACGUACAGCGUCAUGUACCCCCAUCAUCUAGGAACCUUCCGAAUCAGCGUCUGCCAGGCAUUGCGAGGAGCGGCCGAACUUUGCGGAGGUGAUGACGAAGCUGCCGCGUGCCUCGUGGGCGAAGACGGCAGAAACGUCUCCUUGGGCAAAGCCUCGUCGAAGUUACAGUACGACACCGGAAUUCUCACCCUGGUCUACAAGGACGGAGCCGCUGGCUGCGCAUCCUCCGGCGAGAAGCGUUCGACCACGAUCCAUUUCCUUUGCGAUCAUUCUGCGAAAGUCGGAAUCUCGUCUCCGCUAUUUGGCUCCGUCGAUGAGAACUGCGGACACGUUUUCCAUUGGUACACCGAACUAGCGUGUCCACCACGAGAAGAGGUCCAAUGCAAGAUAGAAACGCCCCACGGUCUGGUCGACCUGAGCAAGCUGUCGAAUCCGAGAGGGAACUAUAUCGUGAACGACGCGGUAACCCAGGAAAGCAUCAAAUACGUGAUCAAUAUCUGUCGAUCAGUCAUUCCGAAGAAAUCCGUGUCCUGUGACUUCAGGGCGGGAGCCUGCAGCGUAAGCGGCAACAAGACCAUCAACCUAGGCGUGGCCAGCAAACCAUUCUACAAUGACGAAGAAAUGUCGGUGAAGGCUUCUUUCCUCAACGGCGAUCCCUGUCCCGAGGGCGGGAAAGACGCGAAAUGGAGCACUUCGAUCACGUUCGGGUGCACCGAGAACGAGGACAGUUUGGUGCAUUUCUCGACCCAAGGAUGUACGGUCUAUUUCAUGUGGCGUACUCGUGACGCUUGUCCGAUGAGCUCCGAAACGAAACCUGUCGAGAACAGGACCUGCACCACGAUCCAUCCAGCCUCGAAUCAAACGAUCGACCUCCAGUCGCUCGUUCGAGCGGACACCGUUUCUCCGUACCGGAUCCGGGGUCCGAACGGCAGCGAGUUCAAGCUCAACAUCUGCGGGAAAGCUCGACAGACAUCGUGCGGUGAAGAUACAGGAAUUUGUCUCGAGAAAAAGAACGAGAGCGCUCACAAGGUCGCUCCGCCCAGCACCAAACUUAUCUGGGAUGACGGUGUUUUGGCCAUGGUGUUCACCGGUGGAGACAGAUGUGGACUUCUGACCGGCGACCGCGAACAGAAUAUGAGUGCGAUCAUUCAUUUCGUUUGUCCGUCAGCCGGUUACGGCACCGAGGCGCCGACGUUUGUUUCGCAGUCACGCGAUGAUUGCGAGCACAGAUUCGUCUGGCCGACCGAACUGGUAUGCCACCAGGUCCUGCAGUGCGUCCACUACGAAGAAGGCGAAACCUACGACUUGUCGGCACUGUCGUCACGGGCACACUCCGUCCACAACAUCAUCGAUCCCGGUUACCAAUACUUCAUCAGCGUCUGUCGACCCCUCGAGCCGAUCCGACCCUACACGUCGAUGCAUCCGAACGCAGCUGCUGUCCGGGUGGCCGUCAACACGAAACAUGUCGAGAGUCUGGGCCACGUACUUCUCGAGCCUUUCACUGACUUCCAGAACGCGAUCACCCUAAUCUACAUCAAUGGAAGUCAGUGCGAAUACGACGAGAAGCAACUGAACAAAGCGCGCAUCAUUUUCGAAUGUGACUAUUCCCAAGACGCCGGGGAGCCUGUGCUCAUCGACAUCGACAAGGAUGAGUGCAUUUAUCUGUUCAGAUGGAGGACGAAUCUCGUGUGUCCCGGCGCUGGGGAUCUAGCCAUCAUAGAUCCCAGGAGGGAAAAAUGCAAGUUCGAAAUCCCACAGCGCGGUCUCACGAUUGACCUCACGGCGCUCUCGAGAAAAUCGCCCUAUCAGAUAAAAGCGAACGGACCCGACGGGAAGGAAUCUGGCACCUAUUCGAUGUCUCUCUGCAAGGAUAACCCCACGAGCGGGUGCAGGAACUCAGAACUGUGCUUCAGCUCACAGCACGAAAACAUCAGCUAUGGAGUUGCGGAUUCGUUCUUCUUCCAGCGCCAGAGUCUGUUCGUAAGAUUCGAUAACGGAAGUCCGUGCGUCGGCGCUACCAAAAAAACCCACGCAGCUCUUGUCCAGUUCGAGUGCGAUCCCUUCUAUGAGACCGGCGGUCCGGUCAUCGAGAAACAGUUCACGUGCACAACCGUGUUCCGCUGGAAAACGGCGCACGUGUGCACGAAGCAACAGCUGCAGGAGCACUCUUCGCACGAGUGCAUCAUCAGUGAUCGUUCCAAAUCAUACGACCUCACGAUGCUCUCCUCGGUAUCGCACGUUUGGAUUCUGAACGAACCCGAGUCGAGGAGUCAAUACUACCUGAACGUAUGCGGGAUCGGAUACAAUUGGCCGCUGGAGGCGCUGGACAAAUGCAGCCACACUGGGGUCUGCGUAAAUCGCAUGGGAGACAACAAGAAGUCCGAUUACAGCUCUCUUGGGGACUACUUGUCCAGACAGAUGGAAGUUGUGCGAGACGACCACAUUCGGAUCACUUACCGCGGGGGCGAUCCAUCGAACUGUCACCGUCUCGACGAACACCCGACGACCGUCAUCGACUUGAUCUGCGCUCAAGACGGGGACCUGAUCGGCACUCCAACCCUCGUUCAGGAGCCCACGUCCACCAACUGCAGCUUCGUUUUCCGCUGGUUCACGCGCUCAGCCUGCGCUGAAACCACGGACGAGCUCGUUUUGCAGAAGAAUGGCUUCCUGGUUGAUGCUCGUCUCCAUCGAGCUUUCAACCUCACUUCGCUAUUCAAUACCACCUAUAGGGUACAGGAACGUAGGAACCAAAACGACAACUACACCUAUCUGAUCCAUUUGGGUGAGGUCACCGUGGGGGGCAGCCGAGCGGUUCCCUGGCGUAUGGGUCCUUGUGCUCAGAGCGCCGUUUGCCAAUCGAAGAAGAAUUACUUCAUGAAAAACCUCGGGACUGUCACCAAACAAAAGUUCCUUCUGAGAGGCCGUGAGCUGCUGCUCGAGAUCGACACCGGUGCUCUCUGCUUGGACAAGGCCAACGAGACCGUGAAAUCCAUCUUUAGUUUCACUUGUGAUAGUGAGCGGACACAAAAAUCACACGAGCCGGUCUUCGUGUACGAAACCCGGAGCUGCCACUACAUAUUCUCCUGGCCGACCGAAUUUGUGUGCGCAGACAAAUUCGUUUCUAUGUACGUGAUCGAUAACCAAGUCGGAGGAGGCGCUUCGUCAGCGGCCGGAGUCGUGACGACGCUCACCAUUCUCGGUGUAAUUGUGGCCGGAGUGAUGAUUUUCUUCUCAAAACCUGAGAACAGAAUGGCAGUGAGGUCCAGAACGUUGCGUUUCUUCCGUACCGUCACAAUGCCUCACUACUAUUACUCAAAGACCGAAUCCGAGAUGCAAAGCCCGCUCGACAACGACGGGGACACUGUACUGUUGAGUCCCUCAUUGGUCCUUCAACCGGAAGAUGAGGAUUACACACCGCUGGCCUGA